AUGUGUUGUGACAUAGUACAAACCUAUAAUGCUGGAUUAAAUCAUUAUAGCAUAACUUUUACAGGACUUAUUAUCACGAGUUUAACCAAGAUUCGAGAAAAUAAGUCAGCCAAGAAUAUUUUUGAGGAUGAAUUCAAAAAAAUAAAACCACGGAAAGAGCUCACAAAUUUUUCGCUCUCAGGCAGAAAUAAAUUUCCAAUGUAUUUUAAUACACUUAAAAUAAAACUAAAAAAGCUGACAGUUGACCAUGUGCUAAGCUCUAGUAGAAAAUGCAGCCAAAUAAAACAAACUUAUAUUGAUACAAAACAAUUAUUUAUAGACCAGUAUUGGAUAGAUUUUAAAAAACUAUUCAACGGAGUCUUAGAAUUGAAUUAUGAUAGAUUAAACAACAAGCUGGAUAAUGGUUUGUUUAUUGAAAGCAAAAGAGGAAUUAUCCUAGGUGGAAAUAGUCUAGGGACAAACUUGUUUGAAACAACAUGUAGAUCAAUCAACUUUGGAAGUCCAGUGUUUUUUGAAAGAGUGAAGAUAAUGUUGUUAUAUGCAAUACUGUUGUUUCUCAUCAUUGGUAAAUGCAAUGUUACAUGUAUUGAAGCAAGACAACAAUAUAGUACAGGUAAACUCAGUGGUUUGCUGCACUUACAAGGAAAGGUUGUCUACAAUAAAAGAACCCAUGUGCAAAGCGAAAACAAUCCGUUAACGCCAUCUCUCCGUUGGGGAAAUAUGCUAUUGUUAGUACCAAAAAAGCUGGAUAAUGUUGCUGCAGCAACCAGACGUGAAGCUAUAAAUAACCAAGCAGAUUUGAAAAGAGUAAUACUUUCUCGUUUAAACCCUCAUAAGAAGGCAUAUGAUAAUUUUAUAAAGCUUUUAAAACGAAAUUUACAAUAUAAAAAAGAUGGUGAAAGUGAAGCUGCAGUCGCUACCUCUAAUAUGAAAAAGAAGCAGCUGGAGUUGACAAGCGAGAAGAGAAACCAUGUCACUUCUAUUGUUGAUGAAAAACAGGACAGAGAGAAUAUGAAAGAUGUUGACGAAAUGGUAAAUUGGAUCAAUAAAACACUUAGCCACGACGACGAAAAGAUUUUAUCAGAGUAUCUGGGAUCACGGUUUUCAACGAACGAUCUAAAAAAUGCAAUAUAUGAUAUUAUGUUGCAAGAUGACUACAAAGGUACAACAGGAGAUAGCGUAAAGGAAAAACUAAAAAGCAGAAUAGAAAUUCAAAAUUUGAUACAACUUGCGCAAGAAAGUCAACCAGGUAGAGUGAGGAAAAUAAAAGCUGAGGAACGACGAAAUAUUAUCACAAAAAAGAGAAAUACACCACGAAGAAAAAAUAAUGAUGAUUUCAUGGUAAUUACUGAACAGGAUGAUGACAAAAAUAGAAAGAAUAAAAACAAGGUUGAAACAAUGGAUGAUAUUAUUAAAAUGAAACCAUCCUCAACUGGCGAAUAAGAAACGGAAUCUCGCUAAUUUCGUACUUAUAAAAUCGAACUUCAGGAGCUGCCACAACACAGCCACUGCAGCAAAAGAAAAAAUCCAUUAUCCUGCCUCGAGAAAUCUAAAAUAUUAAAGAGUACUUAUAUUAUAAAGCAGUGAAAGGAUAAUACAGAUUAUUAAACAAUUUUUCUUAAUUUAUUUGGUUAAAAAAGAUUUUAUCUUGCAACCUUAAGUAGCAACUUCGUCCCCAGGACGUUGUGGGCCUUUUAUAUUUGGACGGUCUUUAAACAACUAAAAGUCCUGGGAUGUAUGAUGUAUGUAGAGGAUUCUUUUAGCUUACAGAAAAUCUCUACUUUUGUAUAUAAACGUAUUUAAUAGAUUUUGAGAUGCAUUGUACGCAUGCAACCUCGUCCCCAGGACUUGUUAGGUAUUUUAUAUUUGGACGGCCUGAACAAGCAUAACCAAACAAAAGCUUAACAAGUCCUGGGAACAAGGCUAAUACGUAUGGUAGGGAAGAAA